ACAUAUAUAUAUAUAUAUAUAUGUUUAAUAACGUGUAGUAGUAUUAAAUAGCAAGUAAUCUGCCAACCGGUACCAAACACCAUUAAUGAAAAAUGUUAUUCAGAAGAAAAUUAUCCUAUAGAAUUUGCAUUUCAAAGAGAUCGAAAGCAGUUUUGAUACUGGUUGCCAUGUUGUUUCAGAUAUUAUCAAUUACACUUUACCGUUACUAUACAGUAUAUAAACCAUUUGAAGAAGAAUUCCUGAAUACUGAGGCACUGUACAGCAUGGAUACAUUAACAAAAUGUACAGAAUCGGAGAACAUGUGGCUUCAGUGUAUUGAACAACUGAAUAAUUUGAGUACAAACAACUAUGCAAGAGUGCGUGGAUUUGACUCAUCAGUCCGCCUAAUUCAUACACCGCUUAACUGCACAUUUCUUGAUAUACAGAUUCCAUUUAAGAGGAAUAAUAAACAUUAUUCAAACGUUACCUUGAAUGAGCUUUACUUCCUAUCAAAUGAUGCCCUAACUACAAUGAUCAAUGGAAGAGGAUUGACUACGAAGAAUAUUAAUAGAGGUUGGCAUCAUCCAAAGUACUUCAGUAUGAAAGAAGCUUUGAACGCCAUACAGACAGGUUUACCUGAUAAGGAGAUGCCAGUUAAUGGUGGACCUAUUAUUGUCAUUCAGUUACCUAAGAAAACAUGCAAUCCUACUGAAACAACCAAAAUACUAGAUCUUAUAGUAAUUGUGAAAUCAUGUAUUUAUUGCUUCGAUAAGAGAUCAUAUGCAAGAGAAACAUAUAUGCGAUUAAACUUGUGGAAAGAUUUCAAAGUGGGGUUUGUUUUCGUAGUUGGACUGCCAACACCAAAUGAGACAGAUAUUUUCCACUUUGACGGAGUUCACGUCAAUCUUCAUCGGAAUGCCAAAGAAUUAUCACAAAAGUACAAAACAUCACGGUGGAUUGCUGCCAAAAAACUGGAAAAUGAAAGUAAAGUAUAUAAAGAUAUGCUGAUAGGAUCUUUUCACGAUACAUACUUCAACUUAACAUUGAAACUAAUACUAACAUAUAGAUGGGCCGUUACAUUUUGUAAUGGACAAGCUCCGUUGUACAUCUUUCUUGAUGAUGACUACGCAAUUCUGCCAAACAAUACUAUUAGUCUGAUCAGAGGUGUGAAUGCUUCAAGCAUAACUUCAGUUGUUGGUGGGCCCGUGCACCAUCAAGCUUAGUAGCAAGGCCAACAAAUGAUGAAUUUCAUUUAAAAUGGGCUGUUUCAGAGAAAGAAUACCCUUGGGAACACUACCCGCCUUAUUUUUAUGGACAGGUUACAUGUUAGGUUGCAGUAUAGUCAAUGACGCUUCCCUGGCCAUGGCUUUUACACAAAAUAUUCGUAUAGACGACUCUUAUCUAGGAAUUAUACUGAGCAGGUUGAACAAAACACUGACUAAUAUGAAAGAGUUUCAGAUCAAUGCAGAUGAGGAAGAAAUAAAAUCUGGAGCUGUCAACGUUCACGUUAAUGUUGCUGAAGACGUAAUUGACUGGAAUACUGGUGGUAUUAGGAAAACUUGAAACAGUCCUACUCCAUUAACUCAAUAAAUUAAAUUAUAGAUCUUUAUUUUUAUACCCAAAAUAAAGUUGUGGAUCAAAUGGAAAUAAUGAUUCACCUGUUGCAUAUCAGAGUAUUCCACAGCGCUAUUUUUCCAACCCAUUAGUAUUUUAUUUUGUACACAGCGAGAUGUAUAAAGUUUCAGUAAAAUUAUGAUUUAUA